ACAGACAGCAUGGGUAACAAAUCAUCACUAUUGUUGCGUCCCGAGGAAAUUGCACAGAUUCAAGAAGAGACUGGAUUUACCCCCAAUCAAAUUGAACGUUUGUAUUCUCGAUUCACCUCUUUGGAUCGUGGAGAUUGUGGCACAUUGUCUCGCGAUGAUUUCUUGAGGAUUCCUGAAUUGGCCAUUAAUCCUUUGUGUGAACGUAUUGUGCAUGCCUUCUUUGCCGACAGUACCGAUGAUCGUGUCAAUUUCCGUCAAUUUAUGAAUGUUUUGGCCCACUUCCGACCAAUUAAGACCAAGAAGGAGAAUAAACUGAAUUCACGUGAAGAUAAAUUGAAGUUCGCCUUCAAAAUGUACGAUUUGGAUGAUGAUGGCGUGAUCAGCCGCGAUGAACUGUUGAGCAUUUUGCACAUGAUGGUCGGUGCCAAUAUCAGUCAAGAUCAAUUGGUUAGCAUUGCGGAACGUACCAUUUUGGAAGCCGAUUUAUGCUGUCAGGGUAAAAUUUCAUUUGAGGAUUUCUGCAAGGCGUUGGAGCGCACAGAUGUUGAGCAAAAAAUGUCCAUUCGUUUCUUGAAUUAAAUG